AUGGCUACUGGAUGUUCCCUGUUGAUUCGAAACCUUUGUUUCGAGACCUCCCCGGAUCGGGUGAGGCAGAUUUUCGAGAAAUUUGGUCGCGUACGAGAUGUCUACCUGCCACUUGACCACUUUUCCAAACGCCCACGGGGCUUUGGCUUCGUGGAGUUCUAUGAGGAGGCCGCAGCGCAGGAGGCGAUGCGCGAGAUGGACCGAACCAUGAUCGACGGCAACGAGGUCUAUGUCAUUAUCGCCCAGGACAGGCGGAAAUCGCCGGAGACGAUGCGGCGUCACCUGGAGCAGACACGACGGGGCCGCGGACCCGAGCGGGAUGGUCGUGAUGGUUACGGACGAGACGAUUUCCGAGGAGGCCGCGGCUAUGCACGCGGCGACAUUCGAGAAGUAGACAUUCGCUACGCGGAAGCAAAUGGAAUACGGCCAGGGUCUUGGGGACCCUCUGGGGCGGCCGGGGGGGCCCCCCUUUCGGGCGCAGAAGCCGAUCGCCGAGACCACGUGGAAGAAGGAGCCACUCCAGAGAAUACGACGGUCCUCGAUAUCGACGCGACGGCUAUGACAGGCCCAGAUACGGUGGAGGCCCCUACGACAGCUACUCCAGGGGUUACAGGGGGCGCUCGCGUUCCCGAUGACAUGUGA